UACUUAUUUUCGAAGUGCAAUGCGAGAUCAGUACAUGCGAACCGGUGAGGGAUUUUUAUGUGUUUUUGCGGUGAACAACUAUAAGAGCUUUGAAGAUAUACACCAGUAUCGGGAACAAAUAAGGCGUGUGAAGGAUUCGGAUGAUGCUCCUAUGGUCCUGGUCGGAAACAAAUUAGAUCUCACUCACAGGGCAGUUGGUGCCAAUGAUGCAAAAAUGCUCGCCCGGUCUUUCAACAUCCCCUACGUAGAAACGUCGGCCAAAACCCGCCAGGGGGUCGAUGAAGCAUUUUACACACUUGUCCGUGAGAUUCGAAAAUA